AUGAAACUGAAAGGCAUCGGUGUCACCAGCAUCCCCUCCGUCUACGGCUACAUGCGCCAAGCCUCCGAGGUCUCUCAGAACUACUACCCCGAGCGACUGGGCAAGCUCUAUCCUGUUAACGCCCCCUGGGGCUUCAGCUCCGUCUUCAGCGUCAUCAAGGUCUUCCUUGACUACCGCUCCGCACGAAUUUUCGAACAGGUUCGCGAACUAAUAUCUAGUAUUCAAGCAGGAGUUUGCUCAUGCAGACAGCCAUAA